AUGGGUUCGGUUGAGGGUAUGUCACAAAGGCCAAAGGUUCACCUCAACCAAGGCACAAUACUCGGCAUUAUACAACCAGGGUCGUAUCCAGACCCGAUCGAAGCAUUUCUCGGCAUUCCCUACGCUCAGCCGCCGGUAGAAGACCUUCGAUUCCGACCACCUGUGAGAAUAGAAGCGUCUUCUCAGACAUUUGAAGCAUCUCGUUAUGGCCCGGCCGCACCGGCAAAGCAACUUUUGCAGACCACUGGUCCAGCGCUGGAAUACAGUGAGGAUUGCCUGACUGUCAAUGUCUUCCGUCAGAAGAUCCCUCACGUCACGAACGGCCGCUCCCUCCUUCCCGUGGCCGUCUACGUCCACGGAGGCGCUUUCAAUCGAGGUACUUCGGCCAUGCACAACACUGCCUCCAUGGUGGGAUGGUCGGAGCAGCCGUUCAUCGCCGUCUCAUUCAACUAUCGAGUCGGCGCCCUUGGCUUCCUCCCGUCCUCGCUCUCCGCGAAAGAGGGGGCUUUAAACCUUGGUCUGAAAGAUCAAAUCCUAUUGUUCCAGUGGGUUCAAGACAACAUUGAACAUUUUGGAGGUGACAAGAAUGAUAUUACACUCAUUGGGCUUUCUGCUGGAGCUCAUUCGAUCGGUCGCCAUCUGAUGCGACACAACAAACAAAACCCCGGACCUUUUCACCGCGUAAUAAUAGAAUCCGGAGCACCAACGUCCAGAGCAGUAAGGGCAUUCGAUGCAGAGAUCCACGAGGAUCAGUUUCGAGAGUUCCUAAAGGAGGUCGGCUGUCCCAAUGACUGUCCUGAAAAUGAGAUUUUCCCCUUUUUACGAUCUUUGCCUCUCUCCGUCAUAUCCGGGGCGCAAAACAAGGUGUUUGAUCGCUACAACCCUUCGUUACGUUGGGCUUUUCAACCCGUCGUCGACGGCGAAGUCAUCCCCAGUCCACCGAUCGAGAGUUGGCGCUCAGGAAAUUACUGCAAGGUUCCCAUCAUGACCGGGUUCAACGGGAAUGAAGGUUCGUUAUAUGUAAACCAAAAAAUGUCCAGUGGGAAGCAAUUUACGCGGUUCUUCCGGACGCUGCUUCCCGGUCUGACGGACGCCGACAUCGAGACGAUCUCGACAAAGUUGUACCCAGAUCCCGACACUUCUGCGGAUCAGACUUUUCAAGAAACGCGACAGAACCUACGAGUUGGCUCACAAUACAAACGUCUCGAAGCCGCCUACGGACAGUACGCCUACGUGGCACCAGUGCGGCAGACUGCCCACUUUGCCUCUGAUUUUCAAACAGAACCUGUCUUUUUGUACCACUGGGCGUUGCCUACCACCGUCGUGGGAGGUGCAAGUCACGCCGACAACAUGCGUUACGAGACCUACGAUCCCCAGGUGACGAGCCUGUCCGAGUCCCAGAACGAGAUAUCGGGAUUUUUGCACGCAUACGUUACCAGUUUCGUUUGUAAUAAAGGAGACCCGAACGCUCUAAGGGGUAGGUUCGCGAGGAGACCAAAGUGGGAGCCGUAUCAAUCUGGAAAGCAAGACCUCCCCAAAACUAUGGUCUUUGGCCGGAAUAUCAAAGAACUUGUUGGCGGUGCAAACGAUGGCCAGGUGGCAGAGUUCUUGUAUGAUGACUGGGCAUUGGAACAGUGUCGGUUCUGGUGGGACAGAGUAGAAUUGACUCAACAGUGA